UUCUCUCAGUUGGAGCGCUCACAUUGAGUCCGCUUUUCUACCGCUUCGGAUAGGUUACCUUGUGAUCAUGUCUUCCAAGAAGAACAGAAAGCGGUUGAACCAAAGCGCGGAAAAUGGUUCGCCCUUGCCCUCUGCUGCUUCCUCUUGUGUGGGGGCACGGGCUCCUUCUGCUGGAUCAGACUUCGCGGCAGCCGCCGGGACUCUGACGGUGACCAACUUAUUAGAAAAAGAUGACAAAAUUCCUAAAACAUUCCAGAAUUCCCUUAUUCAUCUUGGACUCAACACUAUGAAGUCUGCAAAUAUAUGUAUAGGUCGACCAGUGUUGCUUACUAGUUUGAACGGAAAGCAAGAGGUCUAUACAGCCUGGCCUAUGGCAGGAUUUCCUGGAGGCAAGGUUGGCUUGAGUGAAAUGGCACAGAAAAAUGUGGGUGUGAGGCCUGGUGAUGCCAUCCAGGCCCAGCCUCUUGUGGGUGCUGUGCUACAGGCUGAGGAAAUGGAUGUGGCACUGAGUGACAAAGAUAUGGAAAUUAAUGAAGAAGAACUGACUGGUUGUAUCCUGAGAAAACUAGAUGGCAAGAUUGUUUUACCAGGCAACCUUCUGUAUUGUACAUUCUAUGGACGACCAUAUAAGCUACAAGUAUUGCGAGUGAAAGGGGCAGAUGGCAUGAUAUUGGGAGGGCCUCAGAGUGACUCUGACACUGAUGCCCAAAGAAUGGCCUUUGAACAGUCCAGCAUGGAAACCAGUAGCCUGGAGUUAUCCUUACAGCUAAGCCAGUUAGAUCUGGAGGAGACCCAGAUCCCAACAUCAAGAAGUACUCCUUGUAAACCAAUUGAUGACAGAAUUACAAAUAAAGCCAGUGAUGUUUUGUUGGAUGUUACACAGAGCCCUGGAGAUGGCAGUGGACUUAUGCUAGAGGAAGUCACAGGUCUUAAAUGUAAUUUUGAAUCUGCCAGAGAAGGAAAUGAGCAACUUACUGAAGAAGAGAGACUGCUAAAGUUCAGCAUAGGAGCAAAGUGCAAUACUGAUACUUUUUAUUUUAUUUCUUCAACAACAAGAGUCAAUUUUACAGAGAUUGAUAAAAAUUCAAAAGAGCAAGACAACCAGUUCAAAGUAACUUAUGACAUGAUAGGAGGCUUAAGUAGCCAGCUGAAAGCAAUUAGAGAAAUAAUUGAAUUGCCCCUCAAACAGCCUGAGCUUUUCAAGAGUUAUGGAAUUCCUGCCCCUAGAGGAGUGUUACUUUAUGGUCCUCCAGGUACUGGAAAAACAAUGAUCGCCAGGGCUGUUGCUAAUGAAGUUGGAGCCUAUGUUUCUGUAAUUAAUGGUCCUGACAUUAUAAGCAAAUUCUAUGGUGAGACUGAAGCAAAGUUACGUCAGAUAUUUGCUGAAGCCACUCUACGACACCCAUCAAUUAUUUUUAUUGAUGAGGUGGAUGCACUUUGUCCAAAAAGAGAGGGGGCCCAGAAUGAAGUGGAAAAAAGAGUUGUGGCUUCACUCUUAACACUGAUGGAUGGCAUUGGUUCAGAAGUAAGUGAAGGACAAGUAUUGGUUCUUGGGGCCACAAAUCGCCCUCAUGCCUUGGAUGCUGCUCUCCGAAGACCUGGGCGAUUUGAUAAAGAGAUUGAGAUUGGAGUUCCCAAUGCUCAGGACCGGCUAGAUAUUCUCCAGAAACUGCUUCGAAGGGUACCCCAUUUGCUCACUGAGGCUGAGCUGCUGCAGCUGGCAAGUAAUGCUCAUGGAUACGUUGGAGCAGACUUGAAAGUCUUGUGUAAUGAAGCAGGUCUCUGUGCCUUGCGGAGAAUCCUGAAAAAACAGCCUAAUCUCCCCGAUGUCAAGGUGGCUGGACUGGUGAAGAUUACUCUGAAUGAUUUCUUGCAGGCAAUGAAUGACAUCAGACCCAGUGCCAUGAGGGAAAUAGCAAUUGAUGUCCCAAAUGUAUCCUGGUCAGAUAUAGGAGGACUGGAAAAUGUCAAACUGAAGUUGAAACAGGCUGUGGAAUGGCCCUUAAAACAUCCAGAGUCUUUCAUUCGAAUGGGUAUUCAGCCACCUAAAGGAGUUCUUCUGUAUGGGCCACCUGGGUGCUCUAAAACAAUGAUAGCAAAGGCUUUGGCCAAUGAGAGUGGACUGAAUUUUCUAGCUAUAAAGGGGCCUGAAUUAAUGAAUAAAUAUGUUGGUGAAUCUGAAAGAGCAGUUAGAGAGACCUUCCGAAAAGCAAGAGCAGUGGCGCCUUCCAUUAUUUUCUUUGAUGAACUGGAUGCCUUAGCAGUUGAAAGGGGCAGUUCUUUAGGUGCUGGGAAUGUAGCCGAUCGUGUUUUGGCUCAGCUCUUAACAGAAAUGGAUGGGAUUGAACAGCUAAAGGAUGUGACCAUUUUGGCAGCUACUAACCGCCCAGAUAGGAUAGACAAGGCUUUGAUGCGGCCUGGAAGAAUUGAUAGAAUCAUCUAUGUGCCUUUACCGGAUGCAGCAACAAGAAGGGAAAUAUUUAAGCUGCAGUUUCACUCCAUGCCUGUCAGUAAUGAAGUUGACCUGGAUGAACUCAUCCUUCAAACCGAUGCAUACUCAGGGGCAGAGAUUGUAGCCAUCUGCAGAGAGGCAGCUCUUCUGGCUCUGGAAGAAGACAUUCAAGCCAAUCUCAUCAUGAAAAGACAUUUCACUCAGGCCUUAAGCACUGUGACACCUAGAAUUCCUGAGUCAUUGAGACGUUUUUAUGAAAAUUAUCAAGAGAGUAGUGGGCUGCAUACACUCUGAGAAAAUAUAUAUAUUCAAGAUGCUGAAAAUCCUUUCCAGAGAAAAUUUGUUUCUUUUUAAAAUUUUUUGAGAGUGUUAAAAAAAAUUUUACUAGGCAAAAUGUUUGAAGUAUGUUCAGUAGAAUUUAGGGGCUUUGGUUCUUACAGAUUUUCAAGUCAUGUAAGUACAGUGAAAAUAUCUCUGAGCAUAAGUUUCAAUCAGUUUUACCUGGAAAUUUGUGGUGCAGUUUAAAAAACAAAUGUUUAGCUUUUUCAUUUGCGACCUAGUCUGUUCAUCCCAUGAAGUGAUUUCUUUUUCCAGAAUCUGAGUGUCUUUCUAAAAUGCCAGACGUGUUGGCAUCAAUUUUAUACAGGGAUAUAAAAAAAUGUAUGUGGAUAAAUUUUUUGUAAUCUUUAUUUUUGAAGGCCGGCCAGUAAAAUGGCCCAAUGUGCCAGCCAGGCUUAUGUGGCCUUGUUUUCAAAUAUGCAUAUAUAUCUUAUCAUUAAAAUUCAUAUAUGCAUUUUUGCUUUAGCCUUUUUAAUCUCUACCUAUGGCCAAAAAAAAUUUUUUGAGAGAUAUUUUGUAUAAUACAAUGCCCUUUGAAAGUGUAAGCCCACUCUAAGCCUAGAGCAGUAGGCUUGGGUUUUUUUGUUGUUGUUGUUUUGUCUUUUUUUUUUUUU